AUCAGCUCCAAGGAAAAUGUGUCAUGCGCGGUAGGGUGUGUGAUGGCAGGGUGGCGUGUGAAGGUUAACGUUAGCUCAAACACAGCUACAAAUAAUUGAACUGUGUUGUAAUUUGACUACAGUUCACUGCGCUCCACAAGCGUUUAAACUGCGCGUCAGUAAACAUCGUCCUUCGUCACAGGCCACAGACUCAGAUUUGGAAACCAACCCUUAGAGCCAAAGUUGAUGCACGUUCACUGCCUGAUGAUUUUGACACUACACACAGAGGAGCGAGGCUUCAGACACAGACGGCCUUGAUUGUUCAGCAGAUCUACCUCUCUGUUCAGCAGCCAUGGCUGGUCUGUCCAGCUAUGCCAUACGCAUGGCCAGACUGAGCGCACAGAUCUUUGGUGAGGUUGUGCGUCCGACAGACUCUAAAUCUAUGAAGGUGGUCAGGCUGUUCCAGGAGCCUCCCAUGGCCCAGAAGAAGGAGGUGUAUGACUGGUACCCACAGCACAAGAUUUACUAUUCCAUGACCCAGAAGCUGAGAUUCAUGGGACUGUUCAGAGACGAGCAUGAAGACUUCAAGGAGGAGAUGCGCCGCCUGAAGAAACUGAGAGGAAAAGGGAAACCGAAGAAAGGAGAGGGGAAAAGAGCGGGCAAGAAAAAAUGAGCCACAACAGCUCUUCAUCUCCAUACACCUCCACGGGACUCAUGAUAUUUUAUUCUGUUUAUGGAGGCAGACAUCAUUGGACUGACUACACAGUCACUGUGGGGACAUGAUAAUCCUGAAAGAAUUCCACUGGCCUGGUCAGGACGGUCCAGUCGCUUUGUCUGAAGAAUAACACCUUAGAUCAGCAUUACAUAUGAAACAUUCUCUUAAUGUUGGUUGUAUUAAAGUGAAUACUAUCCUUUUAUUAUAGAACAGACAUUUGCAAAGGGUGAAACAGUAGAGCAACAAACAGCCAAUCAGACGAUAACAUGUAGCUUUCAGUUGGGAACUACUGAAACAAGUUGAUAUUGUGAGUAUGUAUGACCAUUUCCACGGUCUGUUGAAUAUUGGCACAUUUCUGUUGCAGCUAUAUUGGACCUCAUGUCAACUUGCAGGUAUUAGCUGCUGUUACCUGUGAAUGGAAUGGCUGGAAAAUGAUUUAAAGAAAAGGACAUCUUUCAUGUUAUCAAAAUAAACUUGAUGUGAGUAAUGUGAAGUGUACAAUGCUUUUUCUGCCUGCUGGUCAAACACACUGCAGCUAAACUAUAACACAGGACACAGAUGUUGAUAUAAUACACCCCUGAUCUAAAUAAAGUGGGCUGCUGUGUAAAUCACUAAUUAAAACAGAAUGCUGUCAU